AAGAGGCGCAUGUGUUCAGUCAUAGCAAAACCAGCCGCUGUGGGCUUUCGAAUAUCAGUAACCGUCAGGGUGUUAUAACGAAAAGGUGCACAGUUAACCCGCUAUAGUUAAGGCCGCUGUCGUAAAGUUCGUAGUGGAAUAAAGUUACUAGGUAUUUAUUUUCCUAUCAGUUUUUUAUUUGCAUCGUUAAGAAUAUAUCAUUGGAUUUCCAUUUUAUCAAGACUUAUAUCAAUUAUCCAUAUUGAAUUAUAAGUUUUUUGAAGACAUCUUUGUACAAGAAAAUUUGUUUCAAUAUUUGUGCCCAUAAUACGACGACAAACGUCAGAUGAAGAAUAGCAAAAGGAGAUAUUGGAGUUUGUUAAAAGUAUGACCAGAGUGUCUGCCUUGUGGGGUCUGCUGCAGGUUGUCGGGUCACGUUAUGUUGUCAUCCUCGGUGGCCUGCAGUUUAGCGGCUAUUUUAUCAAUCAGUGUACUUUGUGGUGCGUGGGCAGAUUGCCCUAGACCUUGUGAAUGUAUGUGGCGUAGUGGAAAAGAAUCAGCUAUCUGCUCUAACGGUAACAUGACUACUGUACCACGACAUUUGGACUAUGGUACACAAUUGCUGGACUUGUCUGACAACCCUUUGUAUAAAAUUGGUAAGGAUGCUUUCAUUGAAGCUGAUCUAUUAAACUUACAAAAACUAUUCCUAUCUAAGUGCCAUAUUAAGACAUUGGACCGUUAUGCUUUCCGAAAACUUACUAACUUAGUAGAAUUGGAUUUAAGUCAUAACAGCAUACCAAUGGUGCCUUCGGCUGUUUUUGAAGAAACACCUGAACUUCGAGAAUUACGCCUCAACAUGAAUCCAAUAUUGAAGAUUUCAAAUUCGGCUUUUGCUCGUAUACCUCGUUUAAUCAAGCUAGACUUAUCUGAAUGUCGUAUUGCUCUACUAGAAUCGACAGCAUUUGCUGGCUUAGAAGACUCGUUAGAGUGGUUAAAACUUGAUAAUAACCAACUAAGAGACGUCAAACCAUCUACAGUGGUGUCUCUGACUAAGUUGCACGGAGUCCAACUUAGUGAAAACCCGUGGAAUUGUUCGUGCAAGCUGAGACCAUUGCGCGAGUGGAUGGUUAAAAGGAACGUGCCUUACGGUGCACCACCAGUUUGUAAAACGCCUUUAAGAUUGGCCAGGAUUGGCUGGGACAAGCUAGAGCUUGAUGAUUUCGCUUGUGAGCCACAUGCCAAUCCAGUAACACCGGUAGUUAUGGUUACUGAAGGAGACAACGCUACGGUAUCUUGUCGUAUGUCCGGGGUACCUUUACCCACAUCUCGUUGGACGCGCAAUGAUAAACCUAUUGGCCACACUAGUCGUAGCGUAUCAGUAACAUCAGGACGAUACACCAAUCUAACAUUAGUAUCAGUAGUAAUUCAAGAUGGAGGUAGUUACACGUGUUUUUUAGAAAACAGAUCAGGUAGUUCUAAGUCCAACAUCACAGUAAUAGUUAUGAAACGAUCACCAGGAUUAGCAAUGGCUGCCGAUCGAAUCACAUUGCCUGGACUUAUUGUAGGAAUAAUUUUGGUGAUAUCUUUUUGUUUAAUAUUCCUAUGUGGCUUGGCUAUUCGCACCAAAAGUAGCCCUACUAGGUAUGCAGAUUCUGUUAGCCAAUUCGACAUGUACGAAAAAAUUGAAAUGAAUCAUAAGACUGCUGAAAUUGUCCAACAACAACAAUUGACGUCACCGCAAAAACAACCAGAAAAUCACAGUAAUACAAGUAGACCAGAUCCUCCAGACUACGCUCAAUCAGUAGCAAUAAAAAAACAACAUAAAGAAGAAGAGCUUGUACCAGCCAAAGAAAUUGGUUCAGAAAAAAAUAGUCCAAUGAAACAGAUUGAACCACAUAUGUCUAGUUCGACUCACAAGCCACGUAAGCUGCCAGCAAACCCAAAGGACGAUAAAAAGAAGUCGUACUUGGAAUGUAAUUUAGGUGAAGUAACCUUACACCAUCACGUACUACAUAAAGAAUCGCUUCCCGCGGGUAACUUAUACACUACAGCUGCUGGCAGACAAGACUUGUGUUACACAAAAAAUGUCCCUGAUCUGUUGGACACAUUGCUUCCGGCCAAAAGUCGUCGGCUGUGUCAAACACUUCCUAGGCCGACAAUAGGUUCUAACAACAAGCGCAAUACAAUGUACUCGACAAGAGUAAUGUCGGAUAGUCAGUCACCUCUACUGAUGAGUAGUCGGAGUAGUGGUGGCAGUAAUACAAGCAGAAGUCAACUUUCAUUCGACUCAUCAAUCGAAUUAGAUAAUCCAAGAUUGUUGUCAGUCAACCAAAAAUCCAACAGUUACUUAAAUUUGUCUAUUGAAAAUCAGCAACAACCUCACUACUGGACAAACCCAAGCUUACCAUCAUCGCCAGCUAGAGAACGAAGAUUACCUGCGACCCCACCUACCAGUCGGUCAGCCGCUAUUGCGUCAAUUAUGGCCGAGACGCCUAUUUUGGACCCAAUAUCGGGUAGACGACGGUUGCCUUACCGUCAGUCCAGUGUGGCAGGAUCCAAUCACUCUCUGCUUUCGUCAUCAGAUGGUGCGUCCGUUACAUAUGACUACCACAACGCUCAGUUGGACAUGUUCUUAGAGGAAUAUAAACAUUUGAGAAAAGAACUCACAAAGAUGCAACGGACAUGUGAUACCUUACGACUAUCUAAUGCGUCUUUGGCAUCUUCGACAUUAAUGUCUGACAUCAAACCGGAACAACCAAUCGUACGAACGCCAAAAUCAAUCCUAAAAAAUCGCAAUCAAGCCACGUACGUUUACGAUGGAAGCACUUCCGUCAAUCGACGCAACAGCUACCAAUCGAUAGAUAAAAAUCUACAGUUUUCAAAUGAGCCUUAUCUCAGUUAACAAUGCUAACUUAUUCAAUUUGAUUAAAUUAGACAUUUUUUAUUAUAAUAUUUUAUUGGAAAGUGACCAAUCAGUCUUUUACAACUCUAAUUUUUAAUUAAAUUUAUUAAUUAAUCAUUUUCCUCUUUUAGUUCAAGAGGGCCAUAUCUCAAAAAAAGCUUUUUGAGAUAAACGGUGUCAAAGUUUCAACCUUCCAUAAGAUAAGAGUUACAUUAUCAAUUACUUUAUUUUUAUAAUUCAUAUUAAAUUCAAACAAACAUGCAUGUUACUUGCAUAUUUAGGUAGACAAUAAUAAACUAUGUUGAAUUAUAUAAUGAUGUCAAAUAUCACGAAUUUUUAUGUCCUCUUGCACUCUUAGUGAAAUUUGUAUCAAUAGUUUAAAAAAUUGAAGUUAAAUCUGAUUUAUUUUAAGAAAAACAUGAUAUGACUAACAGUAGUUACAUUAUAUCUAUUUUUUUUUUUAACUCGUUUUAGCAAAUUAAACUUUCAAUUAUUAUCGGAAAAAUUACAAACAGUGUUCACGACAUAAGUCUUGAUCGUUUAAAUACAAGUUUAUUUAAUAUACGCUAAACAUAUGAGUUUACAUUAUAUGGAAUUCUAAUAUUUUAACAGUUAAAUCAGUUAAGUUUCAACUAAUUACUCAACAUACCUUAAUUAAUUAUGAUCUAUUUAUACUUGAAUUUUUUAUUGAAGUAUUUUUCCACAAUUAAAUCAUGGCAUUCUUCUACUUG